CUUUCCAGUUUUAUUGACAUAAAAAAUGCCUUUUUUUCUGAAGUUGGAAUUGGGAUCACAGUCAAUACCAUCCUUCUUGUCUUCCACAUCAACACCGUGUUUCUCGAGCACAGGCCUAAGCCAACAGACCUGAUCAUUGGUCACUUGGCCCUAAUCCAUGUAGUCAUGCUACUAACCAUGGGGUUCAUGGCUACAGACAUCUUUGGGUUCCAAAAAACUGGGGAUGACAUAAAAUGUAAAUCAGUUAUCUAUUUGUACAGAUUGAUGAGGGGCCUAUUUUUUUGUACCACCUGCCUACUGAGUGUCACCCAGGCCAUCACCCUGAGUCCCAGAAGCUCCUGUUUAGCAGAGUUCAUACAUAAAUCGUCACAUCAGAACAAAUACUGCAUUCUCUUCCUAUGAGUCUUUAAUAUGGCCAUUAGUGGUCGUUUCUUAAUGUCCACUAUUGCCAACCCCAAUGUGACCUUAGCCCGUCUUCUAUUUGUCACUGAAUCCUGCUCACUUUGUCCCAUGAGUUACUUCCUUAGGUACAUAUAUUUUGCACUGGUGACAUUCCAAGAAGUCUCCCUGAUGGGGCUCAUGGCCCUCUCAAGUGGGUACAUGGUGAUUCUUUUGUAUCAGCUUAAAAGUCAGACCCAGCAUCUUCACAGCACCGAUCUUUCUCCAAAAGCCUCCUCAGAAAAAAAGGCCACCAAGACCAUUCUGUGACUCAUGAGUUUCUUUGUGGUCAUGCACUUUUUGGACCGCAUUGUCUCCUCUUCUUCAAGAAUGUUGUGGAACAGUGACCCUGUGUGUCUGUGUGUCAAAAUGCUUGUGGAAUAUUACUCAGGCCACAUGCUGGGCACAGCCGGGCUCCACCGCGCGUACCUCCUCGUCCCCUUCUUCAGUAACACGCAAAGCCCCCCGUACACCUGCCAGCUCCUCUCCUACCAGGCGUUCUGGGGGAGCUAG